UCAACUACAUCCUCACCACCAACUAGCCGUAAUCGGGUCAGAUUCAACGAAGACGGCACCCCGAAAGGAGUCCUCAAGAACAGNGAUACUCCAUUCUAUCCACUGUGCUGUGGCUUCGGCAUUCCAAUGGGUACAGUGAUCUUCAGUACGCAGCCACCACAAUAUCGUGAUGAUGGUAUUUACUACGGCUCCUCAACUACAUCCUCACCACCAACUAGCCGUAAUCGGGUCAGAUUCAACGAAGACGGCACCCCGAAAGGAGUCCUCAAGAACAGUCCCAAUCAGGAACAUACCUACUGA